AUGACCAACCUGAACAGUACCGACACCAACAACACGACCGAUUCCAAGGAAACCGAGAUGAUCAAACCCGACCCAGCCCGCACAGCCGUCCUCCUAACAAACCUCCAAUCCGUCAAACAGCGAAUCUCAGCCGUAUUAGCGUCCUCAUCCUCAUCCUCAUCCUCAUCUUCGCCGUCGUCCCAACCUCCGCCUCCGACCCGGGUAGUCCGAUUAGUCGCCGUGUCCAAACUCAAACCGGCCAGCGACAUUCUAGCCCUCCACAACGCCCCCGUGAAUCAUUUACACUUUGGCGAAAACUAUGUUCAGGAACUCCUAGAAAAGGCGCGCAUACUACCCAAGACGAUAAAAUGGCAUUUCAUCGGCGGGUUACAGAGUAAUAAGGCCAGAGAGCUGGCGAGGGAAGUCGAGGGUCUCUGGGCCGUGGAAAGUGUGGAUAGUGUUAAGAAGGCGAGCUUGUUGGAUAAGGGAAGAGCCGAGCGCAGCGAAGGAGACAAGACUACGUCCUCGUCGGCCGACUCGGACCCCCUCCGCGUCUUCAUCCAAGUCAACACGUCCGGCGAGGAAUCGAAAUCCGGGGUGGCGCCUUUAAUUACCGACGACAAUGACGGUAAGGAACCAGAGGUGGUCACGUUGGCCAAGCAUAUUAUUCUACAAUGCCCACAUUUGCGCUUGCAAGGCCUCAUGACAAUCGGGGCGAUUGCACGGUCGAAAGCCACGACGGCGGAAACGGAAAACGAGGAUUUUUUGUGUCUGAGAGAUACGAGGGAUCGGCUUGUGCAGAUACUCCGAAAAGACGAGGAGUUGGAGGGCAAGUUCGAUUUGGAUGGCCCUGACGGGUUCAAAUUGGAACUUAGUAUGGGUAUGUCGGAGGACUUUGAGGGUGCGGUUAAGUUGGGCAGUGAUGAAGUUAGGGUUGGGAGUACGAUUUUUGGGGAGAGGCCAAUGAAAAAGGAUGCGAAGGUCGUAUAA